AUGGUUCUUCUGCCUUAUUUUCUGCUCUUCCUUUCUCUAACAGGAUAUUCAAGUGGUGCUCUUUAUUGUGUGUGUAAAGAUGGUGUUGGAGAUCAAAAUCUUCAGAGGGCCAUAGAUUAUGCUUGUGGUGCUGGUGCUGAUUGUACACCUAUUCUACAAUCUGGGUCAUGUUUUCAGCCCAAUACUGUGAAAGAUCACUGCAAUUAUGCUGUUAAUAGCUAUUUCCAGAAAAAGGGUCAAACUCAAGGUAGCUGUGAUUUUUCUGGUUCUGCUGUUACCAGUCCAACUCCACCUACUACUUCAACAACUACAUGUGUUUUUCCCUCAAGUGGCAAUGCAGGAGGAGGUACAGGCACAACACCAGGAACCAAUACACCUGUAGGCACAGCACCACCUUCCACCAUAACUCCAACCACUCCUACAGGUACAACACCAGGAACAGGUACAGGCACAGGAACAGGCACCGGAACUGGAACCGGAACUGGCUCAACCACAGGUAGUCCUAAUGUGUUUGGUAUGAGUCCAACAUCUUCAACUGGUAAUGGAAGUGGCUUCUCUGACCCUAAUGGAGUGGUUCAAUUAAAAAAAUGUACUCAUGUCUUGUUACUAUCCCUUGUUUUUACUUUAUGGCUAGUAACUUUAAGGGACUAA